AUGUCUGGAUCACGGUAUACUGCACCAGCUAUCGCAGCAGCUACCGUCCUCGGUGGCACCAUCUACUUUCGUGGUCGGUCGCGGCCCGUAGCCAAUGUAGACCCGGCGCAACAGGUAGCCGACAAGAGACCGGCUGAGUCUGGACAGCCAAAGCAAUCCGGACCAGGCCUCUCCGGGGCCUUGCAGGCCGCGGCCGGAUCAGGAGGAGCUUCUUCUCGGACAGGCGGUCCGCAAGCGGAUCCCAAGGACACGAGAGUAGCCAGCAGUCAUGACUCCACACCGACCAAGCGAGGGCCAUCCGGAGAACAACAUCACCAUGAUGCGAAGCAGCCGGGAACCGAGUCUGGUGGAGCUUAG